UCACGUUAGUUUAGUUUUCAUCCAAGAAGAGCUUGAUACUAUACUAAACCAAGUUUUUUGAUCACGAAGUUUCACCUAAAUGGUUGUAAAAUAAGACAAGUGUGUGUGGUGACUGUGUGUUGUGUGAAAAUGACAGACAUGCCUCCUUAUCUCGCUGUAAAAGAUGAGGAGGACAGUGCCCAAGGUGAUAACGAGAGUGGUUCAGAGAUAGACGACUGGGAUUUGCCUCUCAGCUAUGAAAAACCUAGGCAUUUGGAGCCUAUAAAGGGGGCUGAACGUGUGGAGCACUCAUGGAGAGUCAAAGAAAAGUACAAGACCCACUGUGUAGCGCUGGUUCUGUGCCUCAACGUGGGCGUGGACCCUCCAGACGUCGUCAAGACCCAGCCCUGUGCCCGCCUCGAGUGCUGGAUCGACCCCUUAUCGCAGUCCCCAAACAAGGCCCUGGAGAACAUCGGACACGCGUUACAGUCGCAAUACGAGCGCUGGCAGCCUCGCGCGCGCUACAAGCAGUCCUUAGACCCUACGAGCGAUGAGGUGAAGAAGCUAUGCUGCUCGCUGCGACGGAACGCCAAAGAUGAACGGGUGCUGUUCCACUACAACGGGCACGGCGUGCCGAAGCCCACCAGCCAGGGCGAGAUCUGGGUCUUCAACAGGGCAUACACACAAUACAUCCCCCUGUCGAUGUACGACCUGCAAACGUGGAUGGGCGCGCCGUCGCUGUAUGUGUACGACUGCUCCAACGCCGGCGUCAUCGUCGACAACUUCCGCGCGUUCGCCGACCAGCACGAGCGCGACUACGAGAUGCAACUAAACAGCAAAGGCUCCGGCACCCCACCACCCCUAGUCUCGUACAAGAACUGCAUCCAGCUCGGGGCCUGCGCCGCCGGCCAGUCCCUGCCCAUGAGCCCCGAGCUGCCAGCGGACCUGUUCACGGCUUGCCUCACUACUCCCGUCAAGAUGGCGAUGAAGUGGUUCGUGCUGCGGCACACCAGGGCUGCCAGCGUGCAUCAGCAUAUACACGACGUGCACGAUCUCAUUGACAAAAUCCCCGGGCAGGUGACCGACCGGCGCACGAUGCUCGGCGAGCUGAACUGGAUCUUCACCGCCAUCACCGACACCAUCGCCUGGAACUCUCUACCCCCAGAACUGUUCCAGCAGCUGUUCCGAGCUGAUCUGUUAACAGCUAGUUUAUGCCGGAACUUCCUGCUUGCUGAUCGGAUUAUGAGAUCAUACAACUGCACCCCAGUAUCCUCCCCACCGCUACCCUCCCUCGCGCAGCACGCGCUAUGGGCGGCCUGGGACCAAACCCUGGACCUGGCGCUAGCACAGCUUCCCGCCAUGCUGGGGCCUUCUCCCAGGGUCUACCAUCAUUCACCGUUCUUCAGGGACCAGCUGACGGCGUUCCAAGUGUGGCUGGAUCUCGGGAAAUCCAACUCCCUGAACGGCGGGCACUGGUCCCGGCCUCCCCCCGACCAGCUGCCCAUGGUGCUGCAGGUGCUGCUGAGCACGCUGCACCGCGUGCGCGCGCUGCAGAUCCUCUGCCGGUUCCUGGCUCUCGGGCCCUCCGCCGUGCGCGCCGUGCUCCACGUGGGCAUCUUCCCCUACAUGCUCAAGCUGCUGCAGGCCUCCGCGCACGAGCUGCGGGCCUCCAUGGUGUACAUCUGGGCCAAGAUCAUAGCCGUGGAUCCGAGUUGCCAAGUGGACCUGGUGAACGCAAAGGGGCACAAAUAUUUCCUGUCGAUCCUGGCAGAUUCUACCGUUGACAGCGAGCACCGAACGUUGGCAGCAUACGUUCUGGCCGGGAUCGUGGACAACUACCCCGCCGGGCAAGAGGCGGCACAACAGGGCUCCAUGAUCUCAAUAUGCCUCGAGCAGCUGUCGGACCCGUCGUGGCUGCUGCGGCAGUGGGCGUGCAUCUGCCUCGGGCGGCUGUGGCGCGGCUGCGACGCGGCGCGCUGGGCCGGCGUGCGAGAUCUAGCGCAUGAGAAACUGUAUCCAUUGCUACGGGAACCACAUCCCGAAGUGCGGGCAGCGUGCGCAUUCGCGCUGGGCACGUUCGUGGCGGCCGGGGGCUGCUGGCCGCGCACCGAGCACGCCAACGCGCUGGACCAGCAAGUCGGGGCCGAACUUGCUCGGGCCCUCCCUCACGACGCCAGUCCGCUAGUGCGAGCUGAAACUCUGCACGCCCUUCAAUGGCUGGUUCUAAUAUUCGAGCAGCAUUUCAUCGCAGUUUAUAUCCAGGAAAGGAUGAGGAAAAGUGACAGGGCUCCGCACUCCGGCGUCGGCGGCCCCGUGGACGCGGGGCAGGACGCGCUGGUGGCGGGCGGCCGCGGCCUGGCGCCCGCGCCGCGCCGCGCGCAGCAGGCGCUGCCCACCAUCGGGUUCGGAUCGGUGUACAUGAAGCUGUGGAACACCCUAAUAUCGAUGUCGAAGGAGCCCCACCCGCAGGUCUCGCAGAUGGCCACCGACAUCAUCAACUACAUCUCCAACCAGCUGGAUAACGUGUCCCGGGACAUGGACCCGCGCGGGCUGGGCGCGCACGGCUCGGGCGGCUCCUCCAGCCUCCCCCCCUCCCCCAACCUGCGCCCCGCCGUCAGCCCGCGCGACCCCCGCCAGCCCGCGCACUACAGCCGGCGCGGGCGCGGCGGGCUGCCGAGCACCAUCUCGGAGGACUCCAUGGCGAGCCGCGAGCGGGACUCCGUCUCAUCUACUUCUAGUCAACAGUCAAAGAAACCAAUAGUGUCGACGCAAUUCGUGGAGUGGGCGCACACGCUGUUCGCUCGAGCGGACGCGGAGGCGGGCGCGGGCGCGGAGCCGGACGUGGAGUCGCGCGCGCACCACGCCAGGGUGUGGCGCUACCAGCGGAACAGGAGCCUGAGGAACGAAGCCAAAGCGUUGGUGGGAUCAAAAGUGCCGCGGUUAGAGACGCAGGCCUUCCACUCGCGAUGUCAGUUGCCGCCGGGAGUCAUACUCUUCCACCCCUACGAGCAGCACAUUGCACUAGCUUUCAAGGACAAUUUCGGGAUCUGGGACUGGGGCACCGCGGCCAAGCUGUGCGUGGGCGCGUGGCGCAAGGCGUGGGGCCGCGUCACCGCGCUCGCCUACCUCAACGCGCACGAGAGGGCGCUGCUCGCCGUCGCCAGCCAUCAGGGACACGUCGCCAUCUAUAGGCCAACGGGCAGCAGUAUGGAGCCGGCGCUAGUGUCGGCGUGGCGCGCGCUGGACGUGCGGCCCGCCGCCGACUACCGCCCGCCCCCCGCGCAGCCUCUAUACAGUCUGGCGCAGCUGGUGUCGGAACAGUUCCUGUCCGCGGAGGAGCGCGCCGCGCCGCCGCCGCGGGACCACACCCUCGGUUCGUCCGGGGUGGCGGGAGUGCCCGCCUACAGCCCCCCUCCGCCCCCCGUAUUGUUGCGCUGGUGCGCGCGGCGCCGCUCGCUCGCGCUGGCCGGCCUGUCCAGCACCAUACGGCUGUGGGACGCUAGCACCGAGUUACUAGAAGCGGACAUAAAUACAGGCAGCGAGAGCGCGGCGACGUCCCUGUGGCGCGGCGCUAGCGACGCGUGGUCGCUGGUGGCGGGCUUCGCCGACGGCUCCGUGCGCGCCUGGGACUCCCGCGCCGCCGCCGCCGCCGCGCUCACCCUGCAGCAUCAUCGAGCCCCCGUGCUCUGCGCCGUGCCCCGGACCAACACUCACAAGCUGAUCGCCGGCUGUAUGAACGGCGAGAUCCGCAUCUACGACACGCGGAAGAUGGAAGCUAUAGAGACCGUCCGCGCGCCCGGCCCGCUCGCCGCCGUCGACGUGCACCCCUUGCUGGACCUCAUCGCGUGCGGUUCUGUGAACCAGUCGAUCAGCUUAUACGACUUGAGCGGCAACGCGCUCAACACCAUCAAAUCGCACGAGGGCUUCAUGGGCAUGGGCACUCGCAUCGGCCCGGUGUGCUGCCUCGCCUUCCACCCGUUAAGAUGCGCGCUGGGCGUGGGCUCGAAGGACUCCAUAGUGUCCGUGUACGUGGGAGCGACGCAGGAGCGCCGGUGACACACAGGAAGGCGCGCCACAUGGGACGCUAUUCAACGCUAGGAUAACCACUAGUCGACUCGUGACAUGGCCCUCGCGGCCGAACUGAUGUUGACUGCGGAUAUAUACAUGUAAUAUAUACAUUACAUUAUACACCUACAUGUAAUGUAGGUACGCGUUCAAAUAUGUCUUAGACAGACGUCCGACCCGCGACGAUAAACUACAAGUUUUCGCGGGUGAGUGUUUUAUUUUAGAAAAAAGACGUUGUUAGUCAGCGAUCAUUGAUUAAAUAUUUGCAUCUCUUUUAUUCAUACAGUAGAGUAUGUGCGGAAAGAGAAGGAGCCAUAGAAUGUAUUGGGUCCCUUUUACCACGACUCUUCUCUUUCCGCUGAUACUCUUUAGUAUGGACGAUAAACAGGAAGAAUUUCGUACAUCGACCCGCCUGUUCCUAUCUCUAUUGCUCGCGCGUAAUUAUAUUGCUGUCCCGCCUAUAUGCCGGCGGUCAAUGCCACUGUGCGAGCGGGAAAGCAAUAUAAUUACUCGCGUGCGAUAGAGAUAGGAACAGGCGGUUCAGUGUUCGAUAUUCUUCGUGCUUAACGUCAAUAUUUUAUAUACAUUUUUUGCUCGAGAAUACAGUCGAUCGCGUGUAGCUGUGUCGCCGUCGGUCGGACACCUGUGGGCUUACCGCGAACCACGUGCGACGUAUUGCCCUCCCUGUCACACUUACGUACUAAUUUACAAGUGCGACAGAGAGGCAACUCGUCGGACGUGGUUCGCGAUAGGCCCUCUGACUUAACUGGGGCGACGUUCCACAACUUCAGAUAUUACACAACACAAGCCUUCUUGAGCCUUACUGUGGGGCUUGGUCAGUUUGUGUUAAGAAUUUCCUGUUUUUUUUUAUUUACUAAAAAAGGCUGUUGUAUCAGGAAAUCAGUUCUCAGUCCUUCAUAUAGCAAGGGCUGUUCUUCAGUUAGUUUUUGCUACUUCUGAAUUCAAUGAGGACUCGUGAUUGUGAUGUUUUACAAGCUUUUAUAUAACUUGCAAUGUACGAGUAUGUAACUAGAGUCUGGCUACUGAAAUUUUACCUAAAUUUUUGGCGGGAAACUCAAAAAAUCUUGGGCUGGUCACACUUUGUGUAGUAGGAAUUAUAGUUUUGAUACUAGACAAUAUUUUUAAUAUUCUGUGCACAAGUAAGGUACCUAAGGAAAUAAGUUAAAUAAACGUUUACGUGCACUCAAAGUCAGCUCACAUAAUUUCUACCACUAUUUAAAGUACAGUCAACGACAAACACAUAUGUUUACGUUCCAAUAUUUAGAUUUUAUAGAUAUUUUUCAGAACGUUUAGUUUAUCCGUUUCUUUAUACACUUGUCCUAUUUAUGAGAUUCAGGCAUUAAUAAAUUCACGUACUUAAUCAAAGUAAUAGGCAAAUGUUAGAAAUAGUACUUAAAGUAUCGAAAUAUUUAUAGAGCACCAACCUCCUAAUUUGUUUACAUUUGGUUAGGAGUUGUAAACAUUGCAGUUUUUCGUUAUAUAACGCUACACGUCGACUUCGCACAUUGUCGUAAUUAUUUACGAGCUUGAAUAAUAGUUUGCGAACCUCACUCAGUAUAGAAAUUAUUAAUAUUAUUUAAAAUAAACCCCUUAUAAACCGCAAACAAUUUGAAUGAAUGACAUAAAUUGACAACUGUCUUUUGGCUUUUUUUUAAAUCAUAGACAAUUGGUGAUACAACAACGAAAUAUCUGUCAACAAAUUUUGGCUAGCCAGACCUUAUAUUUAAUACUGGUCAAAUUUUGCAAGUUAUUUUUGCCCCACUUCCCGGUGUCCGAUGGAGCUGAAAAUUUGCUUAAGUCGUUGCUGUAAGUCGGGUGACAAUGCAAUAUUAUGGUACCAUCGAGCUGAUCUGAUGAUGGAGGCAGGAGGUGGCCAUAGGAACUCUGUGAUAAAACAAUGCAACUUAAUUUUGUUUGGGUUUGUUAGAAUUGUCUCGAUGAGUACUAGUUCCCUGUUGAAAGUAAAGUACAGUCAGCGAUCAAAGCUUGCGCCAAAAAUGAAAACGAAAUCUUGACAAUUAUGAAGUUAUAUUAUUAUUUUAAAUGUCGACUUAUUCUGUAUGUGUUUAAAUGAAAAAUCAAACGUAUAAAAACCAUCCUUUAAUGACAAAUAUAAGUGAUAAGGUACAAAUUAUUGACCGCAAGUAAGUUGACGAAUAUUUUAUCCACGCGAUAAACGACAAAAUGUUACGAGCAAAGUUGUGGAAAUAGCCCUAGUUAUUACGAAUAUCUGGUGCUACGUCAUACAUGAUAACCGCACUGCGCUAACAGGAGUCAGAAUACGUAGCUUAUGGACACGGGACAAAUAACGUAGGGUAAACUAUAAUCUUUGUAUAGUUGGCACUAUACAUUCUGUUUUUUUUUUUACCUUUAUAUUGGUAUAUAUGCAGUAAAGUUCAAAAUAAAGAAAUUGAUUAAAUAUAUGAAUUUAAUACUGUCAGAAAUAAAUGUAUAAUUAUUGGUGCAAUAAAGAAUAUUUACUUACUUAAUUAAAUAUAAAGGCAUCAAUAGAGAAGCGAUAAAUAAGAUUCAUAAACUUUAAAUCAAAAUAAUGCUACAUAUUCUGAUCGCUGACAAUGUAGGUAUGCUUAAUGUGCACUCGUGCAGUCACAUGCAGUGUCUUGCACCACGAAGCGCGCUAAAAUAAUUAUAUAUACCUGUAAAUAACACAAUCUUAUUUCUAGAGCCAUAAGAUGUAUUUUUGCGCUUUGUGAUGCAUUUUAUUGUAAUGCUAAUGACUGAACGCUUUAGAUAGUCAAGCUAGCAUUUACCGAUACCGCCGUGCUGGUGUAUUCCCAUUUGUCCCCGCCGGGUACAAGUGGAAAUAGUUGUUUUCAUAUAAAUCAUUCCCAUUUAUCCCGGCGUCAUGUAUGGGGCGGGGACAAAUGGGAAUACACCGAUGCAUUGUCCCUCACACAUGGAUUUACUAGUCUGUAUCUUUAGGUAUCUAAAUAAAAGUAAACAAAUUCUACCCUCAAAUGGUAAGCCAGUUGAAAAUAGAUGAAAACAUUACGUGAUCAAAUAAUGUAGGUUAAAGUCAGGUCGUUCAGUGAGAGAUCCAAGCGGUUUUGUAUUUGGUUGGUUAACCAAUAAAUGUUAUAACUACCCGAAAAUGUUCAAAUUGUUUGUUUAGUUUUAUAGAAUUAGAAUCAAACGUGAACAUCUGUAACUGUACCCUUUUCACGCAAAUAAAUGAUUUAUGAUUUAUUUAAAUACCUAAAGAUACAUACUAUAGAAAGAGACUCCGUUUUUUUAUGCGCUAGUGCUAAAAAGGGGAAAUCUUACUUUAAUUUAAUAGUGGUUAAUGUAACCAGAUAGUUAUUUUUUUUAUAUCGCCUCUAAAUUAGUUGUCAAAAUAUUAAUUUGACAGUUUGAGCACGCAAACGCAUUGUAAAAGAAUAGACUCAUUUUUUUACUGCCCCACUACACUAUCUGCAAACCAAACCGAUGACCGGGGUCGUAAAACUUCUCAUUCACGCUUACGAUGUCAUGGUAAGAGCGAAAGAGAUAGUGAUGUGACCUCGGUCCUCAGUUUGGUUCGCGGAUAGUAUAGCAGUAGGUAAGUAGGCUACUUCUGCUGACAUCAAGUCUAUAAGUAAAAUAUUUAAGCAAUUCAGUCCUGUUCUGUAAAAACAAUACACUCAACCGACGAGUUAGGCCCUCACGGGCGCCACAGUGUUCACUGCUCAAGGGUGCUACUUCCGCCACACGUAUUUUGAUCGACUCACUGACAUACCACAGCAAGUGUCGAUCCGCAGGAAAAGGGUCUUUAAGGCGAUGAACGCUUGACAUUGAGAUGCAAGUAGCAAUAUGCGCCCUGAGGCCUCUUUUAGAGUGGAUGAUACAAUAUUAACAAUAAAAUACAGUAAGCUAAACUAAUAGAUGUGUGAAAUCCUAUAAAAUGGUGUAUUCCCAUCUGUUCCCACCGGGAACAGAUAACAAUAAGUGCAUUCAUAUUUAAAGAUAAUGUACAAUUUAUUUCAUUGAAAAAUAUCCAAAAAUUAAAACAAGUCAUAAUACGCUUAAAUAGUAAUAGUAACUAUGAAUAAUUCCCAUCUGUCCCCGCCUCAUGUACGGCAGCGGUCACGUGGGGCGGGGACAAAUGGGAAUAAACUAACAAAAUGAAUAUGACAAUCUAAGAAGGCUUUAAUGUCAGCGCUAUCUUGUAAAUCUGACAACACAAAUGUUUGAUUCAGCAAAAGUACACCUAUUAGUUUAGUUGUCUAUUAUAAUUGAGGUCAACUGGGGCGAGUACGCCGAUACUAACAACUGGGCCUGUAAUAGUUGCAACUGUAAAUAAAUGGUAAGAGGCCGUAGAGCCAACCAUUCUCUAGAAACUAAGAAUUUAGUACAUUUACCUGCCAUUUCCUAUCUAUAUCGCACACGCUUAGUUAUAUUGGUUUCCCGCUCGCUCAGAUACAAAUAGGAACAGGCGGGUCAAUGUACGGAAUUCUCCGUGCUUAGCGUCCUUACUUUAGUCAUGAUGGAAAGCCCCUUAUUUGCGUUUGUACCUAGAGUAGGCGCACUUGCCCCAACUGACUUAAAACUAAUGUAAGUUUUGUAUAAAACCAAGCAAGUUCUGUUUCAAAUGAAUUUUGUGAUUAGUGAUUUACAAAAAGUUCCUAACACUUAAUAAUUACUAGAUGCCAUUUUUAUUCUAAGUUUAUGUUCAGUAUGUAAGCAGCUAAUAUGUGUUCUUAUUUAUAAUUUAGUUGUAUGAGAUGGAUGUGGGGAAGCAUAAUAUACAAUAGUGGAAAAGAUUAUGUGCAUGUGUAUUUUCAAAGAAUUCAUUUUUUAUAUUUUAUAAGUUUGUACAGGUGGCUGCUAGGUUUAAGUGAUAAAAUGAGCAUUUAAUGAUAUUGAUAAAUAAAAUUUAUAAUUAGCUACAUUCAGUCUCAGACAAAUGGACUAUAAUAGAAUUAGAAUCAAUUUACUAAUUAGUAAAUAUCGAAAUAUAACAUACCAACAGAUUUUAACAUCAAUAAAUGUUGGCAGAAGAUUAUCUUAUCUAGGUGGUGCCGAGACAGUGCUAUACACUUUCUAUGAAUGAAUUGUAAUUAAAAAAAAACUUAUUCAUCUAUUAUACUUCAGUUGUUUGUGAUUUAGUUGAUUGAACAAAAUGUAGAACAUUUUAACAUGCUGAAUAAAUGAAAUUUGUGGCCAUACAGCAGAUUAUGUUGAUUUACUAGACGUAGGAGCCGGCACUCGCGGGAACAAAGCGCUGACGGUCAAAUGAAUAUGUAUGCAUUUGUAAAGUUGAUUUAAUUAGUGGCUUUUACAAAUUGUGUAAUUUAAUUGUACAUUAUACAAUUUAAAAUUGUUGUUGUUGAAAUAAAACAUGGUACAUAAA